ACUUCUGAGACUUCGAUCCUCGUUUUCCGAACAGCGAGAACCGCUUCUCUACAACAGAACUCAAUGAUACCGGCGAAGGUGGUUUGUAAACGAAGUUACAAGAAGACUCACUUUCGCUCUUCAAAGACUCUGAGUCAUGGUGUGAGGUGGGUGUCAUCGUUCGUGGAGGCGUUUGGGUCCCAUACUGAUUAUUUUCCACCCAAGAUAUGA